AAUUUGUUGCGUUCAUCUGAUCUAGGCGGACAAAAUGUUGCCUUUAUUGUUGUCUUUGGUCUUGUUAUUAGUGACCAACUUCCCGCGUGCACAGAGCAGCGUGUGUUCGUACUCGUGCCCGGUAUCACGUCAAACGAAGUGUGGUUGGUGGGGAUGGGACAGGUGCACAAAAUACAGAAGCAAAACUUGCUACAGAUGCUGCUCCGGUUGGUCGGGCUCUGGUUGCUAUACACCAAUAUGUAGCCCGUCAUGCUCUAAUGGAGGCACCUGCACCCGUCCCGACUACUGCAGCAGCUGCAACCGUGGCUACUACUCGCCCAGGUGUUAUCGCUGCACUUCCAUUGCAAACUGUGUGGAUGUGCACUGCAGCUCGUCCUAUAACCAGCAAUGCGCUAGUUGUGAUGGAGACUACGGAUCAACGCGUGGAGCAGCCUACAAAAGGUCGUCGGACAACCGACGUUGCAUAAAGCAAUGUUCAUGGAGGACCAACAGCAAUGCCUGUUACCCAGGCUACUGUGCGAAUGGCCAGUGCAGCUGCAGCAGUGGAUUCUCGGGACAAGACUGCAGAACAAUGGGGUCGAGUCAGGCACCAGUCAUAUCGGAGCGCCGUGCAUUUCUCAUCAAGGACAACAUGACACUGGAAUCCCCUGUCUUUCAAAACAGCACCAGCACCGUCUACACGGACGUGAUUGACUUCACUCGCAUCCGAGUCGUCUGGAAGGUCUCCUAUCAGCCAACUGGCCUUCCAAGCCGUCCUCCCUACAUAAGUUCCGUCAACCUAGGCGUAGCGUCUGCAACAACCUCGGUCACUGUGCGCACUGCUCAGGGUGUUGUGUUCAAUAUAGGAAGCUCCAAGAGCUGCUGGUCCUCAUCAUACAGUCCUCGAACGGACCUCUUACACUGUGAAUUCCAGGAGGAUAUAAGCUACAGAACCUGGACACCAUCCACUGGAGAUGUGAUAAGAUCUGACAUGGUGGCUUCAAGUGGUGGAAGGUUGAACCUCUACAAUCGUGACCGCUCGAACAGCAUCAUGUCACGCAACUACAACGGUGCAUCGGCAUCGGUGCGUGCUUCAGCAAGCUUCACGUUCGCCAUGAGUGGCGCCACACACUGUGUCCGUAGCAAUCACUGCCGCACCACAAUGCUGAACGUCGGGGAAAAAAUCAUCUCUGAGCCUGGGAUAACAGUGACAUGGGAGGGAUGGAGCGAUAGGCAUGCUGGCAUCAAGGAGUUCAGCCUAGAUGUGCGGCAAAUGUCGGGUACCGUUGGCGACGAGAUGACCGAAAUACUAGACACCCCUGCCGUCUACCAAGGGGUCUCUGAGAGUGGUCUGAGCAUCACCCUUCCUCAAGCUGGCGUUUAUUCCUUCGUACUUUCCGUGGUCGACAACCUCGACAACGUACGGCGAUGCAGGCGCUUCGUGUUCUUGGACAACGAUCCAGACGAUCUUACCGUCCGGACCGACUCCCCAAUGCGUGUCCAAGUAUUUUCCCAUGGAUGGGAAACACAAGGUGCGUGGCUCAACGAUAUAAAACCCGUCGGUAGUACCAAGCUGCUUCUGGACUGGCAGGGCCACUUCACCAACGAAAUGCAUCACUCACGAGGGCUCCUGAAACCCAUCGGCGUAUAUGCCAAUGGCAUCAUUGAUGCAGAUUACGACCAGAACUUUGGCAAGCGAGGCCGUGCAGGCGUCCCCAACGCCCUUGGAGUGAGGAAGUUCCGUGUCUUCAGCGACGUUGACCACAGCGGUGGCCGGACCAUUAACAAUGCGAGCGACGACAAAUCAGACCACUGGAAUCAUGUAGGCGUAUAUACAAAUGCAUUCGUUUUCAGGCGCCUAGUAGAUGGCGAUUCCAUUCGCCUCUGGGUGGAGGCCAGGGACAUCGCCGGUCACUAUGUGAGGGACAGUGUUUUGGUUCACGUCGACUCAUCUCCACCGGUGAUCGAAGACACGAAGAUAGCCGUCACUGAGUUUGCCAUAAGCGUACAUUUCAGGGCAUUCGACGAACACAGCGGUAUCAAAGCAAUUGACUGGUGGCUAUUUGACAACGAAACUAACUCGGUGGUGGAAUCCGGCCAUGAGGUGGUUGUUCCUCUUAACGUAACCGAGAAUAUCACCACUUGUGACCCGCCUGCCUGUCUGUGCACACCUCUCGGUGACUGCUACGCCACGGCACAAGCUUUCAAACCAACACUACCUGCUGGUAUCGAGGAGCGCGAUUUCUUCAUUGAAUUCUCCGUGACGAAUAACGCCGGACUUGCGAGAAAUGACACCAUCAAGCCUACUUUGACAGCAGAGAACGUGGGCACAUUCGCCGAAGCCCUUGUGAAAGACACCAACGACACUUCGUCCAUCGACGACAGUGCUGUGGUCUCCACGGCUGAUUUACUGGACAGUAUCGUCAACAUUCAGGACACUUCCGCCGAAUUGACAGAAAGUGUCGUGAUGGUCGUAAGCAACCUGUUGCAAGUAGACGACGACCAGCUCGGGGACACUGAUGCGGUGGCCCGAUCCUUGUCGCGCAUCGUCAGGUCUCUGUGCCGGCAAAUAUCCAAUGUUCUCGCCGCCGGUGGAAACGUCAGCUUCGAGACGAGAAGCCUGGCAGUCAGAGCGAUGGCCUUUCAUCCGCGGGACUUGGCAGACGGGCUGGGGUUUGCGGCUCUUGGGGGAGAGAGUGCUAUCGACUUAAUGACUGGCAUGCAAAUUGACGUUUAUGGUCCCGAUAGUGAGAUCCCCAUGGAGCAGGUAGUAGCAUCAGUGGAGCUUCCAGCGCAGAUAGCCGACAAAUUCUCAGGAGCUGACUCGAUCCCCGUGAGUUUCAUCAUGUACCAGAGCAGCAGACUGUUCCGAUCUCAGCUGACGAACGCUACUCCCACAUCGGGCGUUUCCAAGUUCAUCGACAGCCGGGUCAUCGCUGCCGCCGUAGAUUGCGCACUGAUCACAGAUUUGCCAGACGAUGCUCCGGUAGUCACAGCUUUCCUCCAGGAUAAAAUGAUGAAGGAUGAGGAUACUGAGUUGCAAACUACAGAGUGUGUGUUCUGGGAUUUCAGUCUCCGGGAUGGCAUCGGCGAGUGGUCGACCGAAGGCUGCCGAAGACGCCCCUCAGUUGGCGGGCGAACUGUCUGCCAUUGCAACCAUACCACCAAUUUUGCUGUACUCGUGAGCAUUUACGAGCCAAUAUCCAGUUUUGCCCUGGAUGUCUUCAGUAAAUUCGGGUGUGGUGUCUCCGUCGUAGCGCUGAUCAUCACCAUUUUCGUUUACAGUGCCAUAAGGUCCUUGAGAGCCUUGGAAGCCAGCCGCAUCCUCAUCAGCUUCUGCUUCUCCUUGCUGCUCCUGUAUCUUGUCUUCCUGGCCGGUGUUGAGAACACCUCCAACCGUGCUGGUUGCAUCACUGCCGCCGUCUUGAUGCACUACUUUGUGCUGACCUCCAUGGCCUGGAUGGGCGUGGAGGCUGCCAAUCUGUACCUCAAGCUGGUCAAGGUCUUCAAUUCGGACGUGCAGCACUUCAUGAUCAAGGCGUCAAUAGUCGCUUGGGGAGUCCCGAUGAUUGUUGUCAUCAUCAUUCUGGCGGUGGAUUAUACAGAAUAUGACAAUCAAGAUAGCUGUUUCCUGAAGGCUGGCCCUGCCUUUUACUUGGGUGAGUUCCUUUUCAUUGGCCUUGUGUUGCUCUUCAACCUCUUUGCCUUCGUGCUCGUCAUCCGAAAGUUGAUGAGCAGCGCCAGCAAAACCAAGGGCACGUCCGACGAAGGCCAGCUGGCAAAGAUCGCGUGGCGCCUGAAGAGUAUGGCUUCCGUGACGGUGCUGCUGGGGUUGACCUUGGCCUUCGGCUUGCUGUCUGUCAUCAAGGAGGCCAGUUUGGUAUUCCAGGUCUUAUUCUGCGUCUUCAACUCCCUGCUGGGCCUGCUCAUCUUCCUGCUGUUCGUCGUCUGGCCGGAGAAGGUCCGAGAAGGGGUGAGUAAUCUGGUCCGUAGAAGGCGGGAAGGAUUCCCGGAGAGUUCCACUUCCAGCAAUAGGCCAAUUUCGACCAGCAGGACAAGGAAACCAUCGGUAGGCCCCAGGAAUGAGGGCGCCAAGCGAGGGGAAGCUGACUCCAGCAUCUACGAAGUCAUUGAUAUACCCUGCCAAUCUAGCAAGAUGGUGACUUCCAAAGGUAAGGCACAGCGCGUUUACCAGGACCUGCUUACAACCAACGCCCAGUCUAACACGUCACAAGGUAAGAAAAUGAGCGUCUACCAGGACCUCAAUACGACCGAGGACCAAUCUAACAAGCGGAUGAAGCCGAAGGCCAAGACACAGAGGGAACCACCGGUUUUCUUCAGGAGUUAUUCAACCGGACAGAAGGAGGCCCCACUCUGCUACGAGAACACAGACAUCGCCAAUGUUAAGCCAAGCCUCAUGCAGUUCAAGAACAAGCCCACUGCAAGCGGAAAGACCAAGAAACCAAAAGCAGUACCGCUGAAGUUCAGAAAGGAUGCCAACCCACAGAGGGAAGCAUCACGCCACUACGAGGACAUCGAUGUUGCCAAUGAUGAGCCAAGCAGCACGAUGUCCAAGAAGAAGCCUACUACAAUGGGAAUUACCAAGAAGCCACCGGCGGUACCUGUCAGGUUCAGAAAGGAUGCUACCCCCCAGAGGGAAGCUUCACGCCACUACGAGAACAACGACAUUGUCAAGAAAAAGCCCACAUCAGGCGGCAAGACCAAGAAACCAUCUGUCACCUUCAGAAAUGAUGCCACCAAACAGGGACCAAUUUCCCACUCCUACGAAUCACCGUUGUCGUCUCAAUCUGAACCCUAUGAAGACAUGACCGUGGGCGAAAAUGAUUACAUGUAAUUGACUAAACUGUAUAGCGUACCCCCAUUAUGUGUCUAAGUGAUGAUACAAUUAUAUGCAUAUAUCAGGCAUACCCAGAAAGUUUACUUCUAUAUACCAAGAUUUACAUUAAUAAUACUCUACACAGCUUAAAUAUGAAACAAGAUGUAGCAUCGACAAAGCCUGAACAACACACUACAAUUGAUUAUCCCCAACAAUUAUGAAGUUGCAUACAUUAAUGUUCCGACACCUCUAUG